CGCGGGGCUCGGCUCGCUCGGCGGGCGGAUAAAUCCGCGCGGCCGCCGUGCCACGGCAGGGCAAGGGCAGUGCCGGUGCGGGGCUCUUCGCCUUCCCCGUUCCCUCCUCCCCCGCAGCUGCGGCGGCCCGCCCGCCUCGCCUUCCCCCGCCUCCGCCGUCCCCGCGCCGCGGCAGCGCCGGCGGGCGAGGAGCUGCCCGCGCCCGGCCCGCCCGCGCCGGGGAUUAUGCCAGCGGCGCGCGGGCAUGCCGGCAGGCAGCGACCCGUAGGCAACGGCAGCCGCCGAGCCGCGGCGGCAUCAGCAGCAGCAGCAGCAGCAGCGGGAGCCGUGGCCGCCGCGCCGGGAGCAGCCGGAUGUUGACACAUGUGGACCAACAGUGACAUCCUUUUUCAGCAAUGCUGUUUUUGCUCCUUCCUGCAUUCAGAAACAUCUAGAAAGAUUUUUUACAGAAGGGAUCCUCGAUGCAUUUCCUUGCCAUUAUUUAAGGAGCCUUUACUAGAAGCUUUUGGAUUGUGUUUGUGAGCAGCCAAGAGAUUUUGGUAUCCAAAAUGCUCAUAAAGGAAUAUCGCAUUCCUCUCCCGAUGAGCGUGGAAGAAUAUCGCAUCGCCCAGCUCUACAUGAUCCAGAAAAAGAGCAGAGAGGAGACAUGUGGGGAAGGCAGUGGAGUGGAGAUCCUGGAGAACAGGCCCUACGUGGAUGGCCCUGGGGGCAGUGGGCAGUACACUCACAAGGUUUACCACAUUGGCAUGCACAUCCCCAGCUGGUUCCGCUCCAUCCUGCCCAAGGCGGCUCUGCGCGUCGAGGAGGAGUCCUGGAACGCUUAUCCUUACACAAGGACAAGGUACACGUGUCCUUUUGUGGAGAAAUUCUCUAUUGAUAUUGAGACCUACUACAAAACUGACCCAGGAGACCACAACAACGUGUUCAACCUUUCUGCUGCAGAAAAAAGGCAAACCAUUUUAGAUCCUAUUGAUAUUGUUAAAGAUCCUAUCCCUCCCCAUGAAUACAAAGCUGAGGAGGAUCCAAAGCUUUAUAAAUCAGUGAAGACUAAAAGAGGACCCCUCUCAGAAGAUUGGAUUCAAGAGUACAAGAACAACCCUGGGAAAUACCCCAUCAUGUGUGCAUACAAACUGUGUAAAGUGGAGUUCAGAUACUGGGGGAUGCAGUCGAAAAUCGAGCGCUUUAUCCACGAUGUUGGCCUGAGGAAGGUGAUGGUCCGGGCCCACCGGCAGGCCUGGUGCUGGCAGGACGAGUGGUACGGGCUCACCAUCGAGGACAUCCGGCAGCUGGAGAAGGAGGCCCAGCUGAUGCUGGCCCAGAAGAUGGCCCAGUUCUGUGGUGAGAAUGACCCAGAGCAGCACGGUGCCAAGGACACUGCUGGGGAGAAGGACGUGGAGCCCAGCACGGGGUCACCUGCAGACGCCGAGGACGCCUCUGCCAACAGCGACGCGGCCUCGGGCAGGUCCCUCACCAAGCAAUGGUCCACCUCCUCCAAGUCCUCACGCUCUUCAAAGAGGGGAGCAAGUCCCUCGCGCCAUAGUAUCUCCGAGUGGAGGAUGCAGAGCAUUGCCAGGGAUUCAGAUGACAGCUCAGAUGAUGAAUUCUUUGAUGCACAUGAGGACUUGUCUGACAAUGAGGAAAUGUUCCCGAAAGAAAUAACCAAAUGGAGUUCCAACGAUCUGAUGGAUAAGAUUGAAACCCCCGAAUGCGAUGAUGUCCAGGGUGACUUGUACCAGGAGACAUCAGCAGAGUACCACGUUGGCUCCAGCGUGGAGAGGCUCAGCAUCAUCGAGGAUGAAUCAGUGCAGCCAUUAAUGCAGCCAAGUAAAAUCCAUGUCCUCCUCUUGGUCCUCCAUGGAGGGAACAUCCUGGACUCAGGAAGUGGUGACCAGAGCUCCAAGCAAGGGGAUGUCAACACCAUCACAACUGUGUUUGACACGGUGAUGAGGGUGCAUUACCCAGCUGCUCUGGGACACAUUGCCAUCAAACUUGUCCCUUGCCCAGCCAUCUGCUCUGAAGCAUUUUCCCUGGUGUCCAGCCUCAGCCCGUACAGCUAUGACGAGGGCUGCCUGUCCAACAGCCAGGAUCACAUUCCGCUCGCCGCGCUGCCCCUGCUCGCCACGUCCUCCCCGCAGUACCAGGAAGCCGUGGCCACUGUCAUUGUCAGAGCCAACCAGGCCUACAGCGAGUUCAUCAAAUCCCAGGAGGGCACCUCCUUCAAUGGCCAGGUCUGCCUGGUAGGGGACUGUGUUGGGGGGAUCCUGGGAUUUGAUGCCUUGUGCUACAGCAACCAGACCGUGUCCGAGAGCCAGAACAGCAGCCGGCGAGGGAGCGUGGUGAGUGUCCAGGAUACCGACCUGCUGUCUCCUGGGAUAACGGUGAACAACAGCCACUGUUCCAGUGGCUCUAAUCUGGAAGCCAGCAGACACCUCAGCAGGAGCAACAUUGAUAUUCCUCGUAGCAAUGGAGAAGAUCCAAAGAAGCAGCUGCCACGAAAAAGGAGUGAUUCAUCCACCUAUGAGCUGGACACGAUAAAGCAGCACCAAGCCUUUCUUUCAAGUUUACAUUCUAGUGUCCUGAGAAACGACCCCACAUCCAGGAGAUCCAGCAGCUCCACGAUGCUGGAUGGAGGGAAUAUUGGCAAGUUUGACUUUGAGAUCACAGACUUCUUCCUCUUUGGGUCUCCCCUGGGUCUGGUGCUUGCUCUGAGGAAAACUGUGAUUCCAGCUCUUGACAUCUUUCAGCUGAGACCAGCUUGUCAGCAGGUCUAUAACCUGUUCCACCCUGCAGACCCAUCUGCUUCACGCCUGGAGCCUCUUUUGGAGAGGAAGUUUUACCUUUUGCCCCCCUUCAAUAUCCCCCGGUACCAGAGGUUCCCCCUGGGCGACGGCAACUCUGCAGUUCUGGUUGAGACAAUCCAGAACAAUCCCAUCCUCCUCAUGGAAAGUAGCCCUCUGGGUGCUCUCCAGCACCAGGACAGCUUCAUGGAAACAAGUAUCCCUGUUCCUGUACUGAAUUGGCAAGAUGUUUCCAAUAAAAGUGCUGGUUGUGCUGAGUCAGAUGUUGUUCAGUCUCAUGGUGCCGUCUUCGUGGAAAACGCGUCCCUGUCCACCCCCAUUUCAGCCCCUCAGUUCAGGGGCUUCCGGAGAGCCAGUGAGAUCAGCAUUGCCAGCCAGGUCUCAGGAAUGGCAGACAGUUACACUGCUUCCAACAUAGCCAACAAAACCAAACACCACCCUAAUCAUUGUAGGGGCUUUAGCCUUCUGUCCCAACUUGCCCUCCCUCACAAAUCCCCUACCCAAAGCUCGUUCAGGAGGCGUAGGCAGCACAAACACACAGCCCCUGCCAAGGGAAGGAAGCUCCAAGGGCCACGGAGCCGGGCUGCAGGCUGUGCUCUUCGGAUACCACACCUGGACAUCAAGACAGUUGCUGCCAAGUGGUGGGGAACGAAGCGGAUCGACUACGCGCUGUACUGCCCCGACGCGCUGACGGCGUUCCCGACCGUGGCUCUGCCUCACCUCUUCCACGCCAGCUACUGGGAGUCCACGGACGUUGUCUCCUUCCUGCUCAGACAGGUGAUGAGACACGAGAACUCGAGUGUGUUGGAGCUGGACGGGAAGGAGGUGUCUGUGUUCACCCCCUCCAAGCCCCGGGAGAAGUGGCUGCGCAAGAGGACGAACGUGAAGCUCCGGAAUGUCACAGCCAACCACAGGAUCAACGACACCAUUGCUAAUGAGGAUGGGCCCCAGACCUUGACUGGGAGGUUCAUGUAUGGUCCAUUAGACAUGGUCACCCUCACAGGAGAGAAGGUGGACAUCCACAUCAUGACCCAGCCACCGUCGGGGGAGUGGGUGUACUUUGACACGGAGAUCAGCAACAGCAGUGGCAGGAUUUCCUACGUGAUCCCCGAGGAGCGGCGCCUGGGCAUCGGCGUCUACCCUGUCAAGAUGGUGGUCAGGGGUGACCACACGUUUGCUGACAGCUACAUCACGGUGCUGCCCAAGGGGACGGAGUUUGUGGUGUUCAGCAUCGACGGCUCCUUCGCAGCCAGCGUCUCCAUCAUGGGCAGCGACCCCAAGGUCCGCGCCGGGGCCGUGGACGUUGUAAGGCACUGGCAAGACCUCGGCUACCUCAUAAUCUAUGUCACGGGCCGCCCUGACAUGCAGAAGCAGAGGGUGGUGGCGUGGUUAGCACAGCACAACUUCCCCCACGGCAUCGUGUCCUUCUGCGACGGGCUGGUCCACGACCCGCUGCGGCACAAGGCCAACUUCCUGAAAUCCCUCAUCACUGAUCUGCACAUGAGGAUCCACGCCGCGUACGGAUCCACCAAGGACAUCUCCGUGUACAGCUCCAUCAGCCUCCCGCCCUCGCACAUCUACAUCGUCGGCCGACCCACCAAGAAGCUGCAGAGCCAGUGCCAGUUCAUCACGGAGGGCUACGCGGCGCACCUGGCGCAGCUGGAGUACAACCACCGCGCGCGGCCCGCCAAGAACACGACGCGCAUGGCGCUGCGCAAGGGCAGCUUCGGGCUGCCCGGCCAGGCCGAGUUCCUGCGCAAGAGGAACCACCUGCUGCGCACCAUCUCCUCGCAGCCCGCCGCGCACCGGCCCGAGCGCACGCAGAGCCAGUCGGACAGCGACAAGGACAGGGACAGGGAGCGCAGCCAGCGCAGCAUGAGCAUCGCCACGGGCUGCUGGGGCCGCAGCGCCGCGUCCCGGCUGGAGUCCGGCCUGCUGGGGCAGAAGUAGCCAGGCCGGAGCCGGGAUUGUCAGCUGCAGCCACCGGAGGAGAAAUAAAGGGAAAGAGGGACGAGGCCGGUGUUUCGGGUUGGAAGGGUAAAUAUGGUGCUACUCUAAACCACGGUGUUCUGGGAAGAGAUGGGAUGUUUCCCACACGGAACGUGCAGGCCUUGCAGCGGGAGCGGGAGCCCGAGGAGCAGCUGGAAAUCGGGGGGGAAGUCUCCAGGUCAGGACGGCGCUCUCUCCUGCCUCCUUCUCUCAUCCAGGGUCAGUGACUGUAAAUAGGUGCCUCCUCGCCUUGUCAGCCAUCACACGGUGACCGAGCGCUGUCCUCAGAGCCACAGAACAGGGCACGAGGCUGGGGGAGCUCGUUCUGGGCUGUCCCGGGAGUCAGGUGGGGGCUCUGGGGUUGGGGACGCCGCUCCCCGGCCCCAGCGAGGGAUUUGUGCCAGGCAGGGCCACCAAGAGCUUUCCCUGGACAGAGAGCUCCACGAGGGGCUGGUGCAGUGCAAAGCUGAAGCUGCAUCGAGGCCGAUGGCAGAGGCAGAAUGUCGGCAGAUUCGUGCCCAAGACAGCGGGGUCAUUCUUGUUGUUACUGUUAUUUUUUAAACAGAUCUUUUAGAGGCCGAUGGAAUUUAAUGUGGUGACCUAUUAAAAGAGGAAUACAAGCUAUUUUGUUUGAGCUGUUACAAACCUCAGACACUUAAUUGCUGUUAAAGUCUCCAAAUAGUCUCGCUAUGUAUUAUUUCCAGCAAGUAACCACCAUAUAUUUGGAAGCAGCUGAAGGCACUCAGCAGCUGGAUUGCAUUGCAGUUCUUCUCAUCCAAAUGCAGGGUCUGACUCUCUCAACGUCCACCUCUGAGACCUUUCUUCUUCCCAGGUUCUCUCCAAGUUCAGUAGCAGCUUUCAUGGGAACCAGACUCGCUUCUUUUACCUAUAGUUACUGAACUGUAAAACCUCAUUGUUUUUUGCACUGAUGAUUUUUAGAAUGGAAACCUGUUACCAUCUCAUGUAGCUACACCAGUGUUUGUAGUGCAUGACAAUGAAAUAUUGCUAAGCCAGGGUGUGUGUGGAUACCUAUACAUAUACACACACACACACAUAUAUAUAUGUAUAUAUUUAAAGAAAAAAAACAAUCUGUGCAGAAGUUUUUCCAGCAGUAAGGAGACUGUAAGGAAGUGUGCCAACAAUGUCAGGCAACCUUAAGAAAAGGCCAUAUCUUAAUUUUUCUGGUGUGUUUCUCAGUGGAUGUGCCUGAGGCACUGGGUUUGUGCUGCUGGAGCGAGCUGGCGGGCGCAUGGCAGAGGGCUGGCACCCCAGUGACACCCAGACAGGGACAGAGAACAGUGCCUGGAGCCAGGGCUUGCCAAAAAGCCCCUCAGUCGUGUCCCUGCCGGGGCCAGCAAAGGUUCCCUCCUUGCACACACCUCUGGGGCAGAGGGGCAUCCACACUGGGGUUCCACGGUGCCCAUUCAGACUCCAGCUGGCCUCUUCACGUGGAGAUUUUCUAGUCCUACCGAGCUCCCUGACUGUGUGUAACCCUGCUUUCCCCACCACACUCUCCUGUCUUUAUAUCACUUUCUACUUACGAGGAUCUUAUUUAUACCAGAGAAUUUUUUAGACUGGCUGCUUCAUUUUGUUACCAGUUUCAAUAAGCACGGUGCAGGACGGCCGCACUGAGACACUCAGCACUGUGAACGCUGCUCUGCUCGCUGCCUCUGGGCCACGGGGGACAAAUGCAACUCAUCCAGCUCCUGUGUUCGUGGUGUGGAGGGUCCAGGCCGAGGCAGAGCAGGGACGGUGCGGAGCUGCCGCCGGCAUCAGAGCCCCUGGAGCGCUCAGACCCGACUGCAAACCGUUUACCCACUGCUCUUUGGUAAUUAUCCGAGUACAGAAUGUACCUGAUGACUUUUUGUCACCAGAAACUGACUUCCCUUUCUGCUGACUCAGCUUGGCUCUCUCUGAAUGUACAUCCAGAGCUUUUACUGGGUUUGGAAACAAUGAGAAUUUGUCCCAGCUUUUUGCUAGCCGAAUGUUCUAUCAAACAGAUGCCAUCUGAGUAGGAAGCCAAGCCACAAUCCAUCCUGUGAAGUCACCAAACCACAUCACUAAAUAAUUUCUGCAAAUUUGGAUAUGGCCUUUGCAAAAUUCACCUUUCCUCCAAGUCCAGAACCGAGACAUGACCUGUACAUUUUCCAGUUGACGAGAUGUUCACAUUUUCUUAUGUGUAGAUAGUGUAAAACAGAGGCGAAUGUAAAUGUUCAACAUAAAAAGUGGAUAUAUAAAAUUGAAAGUUAUUUAUUUAUGUAGAGGGAAAAAAAAUGUCUGGAGGGACUUGAACCUUCAGGGUUUAUUAAUAUUUUAAAAAUGUAGCUUUUUGUUUCAGGCAUUAUGUACAAAGCAAUUAUUUUAUGGACCAAGUUUAAUGUAACUGUCUAUGAAUGCAGAAGUGCAAUAUGAUACUCACCCUCUCCAUCACGUCAUGUUUUAAACAGCUCCUGACCAGUUAGCCUGACAAUCACAGCACCUCUGUCCUCAUCCUUUGUUGAGCUUCUUGAACCUUGCCCGGGUCCUUCCCCUGGCCCCCAUCCGUUGCCAUUGUACGGAUCCAACACGGAGAAGCAAUUGUAGAGCAGGGCCUUUAUUGCUGCAAUAAUUCCCUGGGAGGUGGGUGCAGUUACCAGGAAAUAAUGAUGCCACUAAGUUUUUCCUCACCAACUCAGUCCAUCCCCGUCUCCAUCGCUCAAUCCUCAGCCGCCCCCAUCUGGCACUCAUCCCUCUGAAGCAGGAUCCACACUGACAGAACAAUAGCAAUAGUUUCACUCUGUGUUUAUAACCUGUUUGUCCCGAGCUGUUUUGGAGAGCAGUGCACGUGACCCGAUGCCUUUCCACGUGGAUGGAAGAGGAUCCCUUUGGACGUGGUGAGGGAAAGAUGAAUGUAAAUUCCAUCCUUACUGAAGGGGCACUGUCGGGGUAAAGACCUAAUUUAUCCUUGUUAGGAGUAACUCGUUUGCUUUGAAAGGAGAGAAUGGGAAGUUUCUUGUCCUCCUCCCUGGGCCGUUGUCUGGGCAGCCUCGGGGACAGCCCACGUCCUGUUCUGCACAUCAGCACAACACAGCCUCGGGCUUUGGGGUUGCUUUUCUGUUUCCAUGGGAAUCAAACUCUGCUGCAGAGCUCAGAUUUUUUAUGAAAAGCAGCUUUUUAUAUUACUGCACCCUUAGGCCGGACUUUCUACCUGACGCUGUCCCUUUAAAGUCUUUUAAAAAACCAGAGAGAGGAGCCCGUGCAUUCCCUCCGAGUCGUUUUCCUGGGUUUGCUCAAUCACUCAGUCAGAUGAGGCGAAAUCCUAAUACCAAAAACCGUUUACAGUGUCGGGGGCACGAGCCCAGAGCAGGAAUCAGCCAAAGGGUCACCACCACCCUCCCAGCAGCCGCCGUGCUUGCUGUAGCAGCCCCUUCUUCAGGUAUCGCCACUGUUUGCUGCAUUUCCUAUUAGUUCUAGAAGCCUUACGGUCCCCUAACUCUGCCUGUUGAUACCCUCGACUGUCAAUUUUAUAUUCCAACAAUGUUAGUUAUAUUUUAUUUAUAAAAACUUGCUCUAGGGGUACCAGCUGUGCGUGGGGAAGCAGCGGGGGAUGCCCGAGGGCGCCGGGGCCGCCCGCGUGUGCCGUGCGUGUGUGUGGCAAACCUUGUGUACAACUUCCUUCUCCUCCUUGCUGUUAGUGCAUCGUUGCAAUGCCUGGUGUGCUUCGUGUACAGUACCAUUGUGAGUUACACAGAUUAAAGAAACGGGAAGGCUU